CGACUCCUUUUCAUUCAUUUCAUGUCCAACUCCGUUCGAAGUUCUUUCUAACUCUGUACGAUUUCCGGUCUCACCGAUGAAUCGCUGGAAAAGGGGCAGCAGGGGACUCCAGAAGCCGUCACGCAGCCCUUAUGCUUCGGCUUCUGCGUCAUCCGCCCGCCGGAAGUUCUACGCCGUCCGUGGCGGGAAAGGCGGCUUUUCCGGUGUACUCAAUUCUUGGAAUGAGUGUCAGCGUCAUAUUAAUGGGGUUUCAGGAGUAGCCUUUAAAAGCUUUUUGACGUACGACGAAGCAUUGGCAUUUUCACAGAAUAGACCACAAGCGCCAUCAAUUGGAUGUGGGAAGAAGAGCAAGUUCUACGCCGUAAAAUACGGCGAGUACAGCGAAAUUUUCACUUCAUGGGAAGAAUGCAGAGUGUAUGUGUCUGGUAUUCGAAACGCAAGCUACAAGGCCUUCAAGUCUUUGGAAGAAGCACUCGACUUUACAGGCCAUAGUAGGCAAUCUCUGAGCCGGCCUGCAAUUGUGGACAAAGAAUCCAAUGCGAAAAUCGGAAGGAGUGCUUCGACAGUUGCUUGCGCAGAAGACCGCGAGGUGAUAGGCCACGCCACUAACCCUGUUAUCUCCGACCAUAUGUCGUCGUCUUUUCUGGUCGAGCCUGUUCAAAAUCAGGAGCAGCAUCUCCUAGUUUUUACGGACGGUGCUUGCAUAAACAACGGGAAACGGAACAGCAAAGCAGGUUACGGGGUAUUUUUCGGCCUUAACAGUCCUUUAAAUAUUUCGAAACCGCUUCCAGGUCCGCCUACAAACCAGCGGGCUGAAAUGAUGGCAGUUUUGGUGGCUAUUCGCACCGUUUUGAAGCACAGUCUUAUUUCUCGAGGUGGUAUUCUCGAGAUAAGAACGGACUCCAAGUAUACGAAAAACGGUAUAGACAGCUGGGUUGCAGGAUGGAAAAAGAAUAAUUGGAAAACAUCCUCCGGUACAGAAGUCAAGAACCAAGACUUGUGGAUCGCUCUCGAUACCGCUAGAGCGGAACUGCUCGAGAGCGGUGUCAUGUUUCAUUUAGUGUGGGUGAAAGGUCACUCUGGAGAUCCUGGAAAUGAAGCCGCUGAUGAGUUAGCCGUCGCGGGAAUCCAUCACAUGUAA